AUGCCAGCCAUUUUCUAAUUGUUUAUUGCUAAGAUUUAUCUAAAAGUUUUUGGCGCCUUAGCGGCUGCCUGUCGGCCAUUUUCGCCGGAGAAACCCGAGCGCAACUUACUGUACCCGAGUACACUGACGGACACUUGAUAUUUUUACAUGCGACAUAAAUUUACAUACAAUUUCCACUUGUCGAUUCUUACCUUGUUAUAAGUUAUUUACAAUAUUUAUAAAUUAAACAAAAUAAAUAUCCACAAUGGCGAACCCUGCGCACUCGGACAUAAUUGAAGAAGACGCUGCAGAUUUACAAUUUCCCAAAGCCUCUGGAAUGCGUGAAGUAACCUCCAAGCCAGAUAGAUCAGUUUUAAAGGAUGAAAAUUUAACUUUAGACUCGAUUUGUCGUGGCUGUAAUUCAGCAUUGAUAGAACCUUACAUAAAAUGCCUGGUGUGUAAUUACACAAUAUGCUCAUCGUGUUUUUCCAACGGCUGGGAAGCAGCAGAGCACGAGAAUAAUCACCCGUACCGAGUGAUAACCAAUGAGUUUCCCGUUAAUGAUCAGUCUGGAUGGUCAGCAAGAGAAGAAUUAAUUUUAAUCGACGCUCUGAAAGUUUGUGGGUUCGGUAAUUGGACAGACAUCGCUAAAAGAUUGCCUGGAAUGUCUCCAGAAGAAGUUGAAGCUCAUUAUAUGAAGUAUUACAUCGACGAGGCAACUUUACCCGGAUUACCCAAGUUAGAAUCCUCGAUUGCCGUAACAGAGACGAUAUAUUUUUCCUGCAAGCUCAAUGAUGUCGAAGAACCUCCUAGGUUUGCUCCUAAUUCAGUAAACAGUCGCGCUUUGGCUGGUUACAAUGCAGCUCGUUCAGAUUUCGAGGUGAAUUUUGACAACCACGCAGAGUCUGUGAUCGCUGAUUUGAAGUACGACGAGUUUGAUGAGGAAGAUGAUGAUAAUUAUAACCUGGGGAAGAGCUUGCAAGCUGCUAUUGUCGAGGGGUACAAUGCUCGACUGAAGGAGCGCGAGAGACGGAAAAAUAUAAUACGCGAGCACGGCUUGAUUGCUGUCAGACGGACAAUGCUGUGGUUGCAGAGGUACGACAGGACGAUAACGCUUCCAAUAGCUGAGAAACUACUCAAAAUAAUGCAGCUGACUAAUGGUCUUGACCUGGAUUAUGUAAUGGAGUGUCUCCAUCAUCGAGGAGAAAUUAAAAACUACAUCAGUAAGCUGUUUGAGUUUCGCAAAAACGGUCUCAAACAUUUUUACAGUGUACCUUUGUACCAAAAAUUGAGAAAUCUGAGGCGCGAGCAGGAAAAAGACAGACGGUCAUAUGCUAGUAAUAUUGAACAGUCUUUUAAAAAUAUUUUGAAUGGAAGUAAUUCGGCUGCUGGGAAUAAUAAUUUAGUUGGUAAUAUUUGUCAACGCAAAAAACCUCCCCCGUUGGAGAUCGAAGGCACGCCUUGCUAUGAUAAGCUCGAUGAGGCCGAGAGAGAGUUGUGCUCCACUGUACGCAUAAUGCCGGAAAGUUAUCUUGAGUUCAAACACUUGCUAAUAACUGAGAACAAAAAGAUGGGACACUUGAGACUUGCCCAGGCGAGAACUUUACUUAAGAUUGAUGUUAAUAAAACGAGGAAGAUUUUUGAUUUUUUGGCACAGCUUGGUUACAUUACUAAGCAUCAAUAAUUUAUUUAUUUUUAUUUUUAAGAGUUUGAAAACGCUGAGACCCUUCUGAUAUCUGAGGUACAUCUGCUGCUCCAGCACAGAAAAGCGCAAAAUGAAUUAGCUGAAGACGAGCAAGAAUUCUCUGAAGUAUUUACUAAAAGUUUUAAUUACACUGAACGGUUCCGAAAAUUUAAAAGCAAGGAAAUGAUUUCUGCGGUUAGAAGUAUGCUGAUGCAGAAGAAGUUACACAAAUUCGAGGUUGCUUCACUGGCGAAUCUGUGUCCGGAAACAACAGAAGAAGCCAAGUCACUGAUACCCAGUAUAGAGGGUCGUCUAGAGGAAGAAGAUUUGAGGACAAUCCUCGAAGACAUCCAGACAAAACGGUCUCU